AUGUCUUUUCUCAGCUUCGUACCUGCUAGGGCAAAUUACAAACAUUGUCUUCAAGCGGGCUCUGUUUUUGUUUCCACUUGCUGCAUGGUGCUGAGAAUUAACCUUGAUUGCAAUGCUUGUUGAAAAAAAGCUAGGAGAAUCAUUCUCAACAUGAAAGAGGUAGAGACACACAUGAUUGAGAAGCAGCAAUGCAGGAUAAGCGUAUGUGGAAGAUUUAGACCACGAUCUGAUGUGGCGAUAAAACUAAGGAAAAAGAUGAACCGCAGAGUUGAAAUACUGGUCACUCAGGACUUCGGCAGCAGCAAAGAACAGGAAGACCCAACGCCAGUCGUGGCGGGCUAACAUGCACUCCCACUUCUUCUUCUUCUUCUUUUUUUUUUAUUAAUAUGAGUAUCCGGACCAGUUUGCAUUUCUCUCGACUAAUUUCACAGAUCCUAAAAUUAACGAUCAUAUAAAUCUUUAGUGGUUUUAAAAUUUAUAA